CGUCAGGAUGUGUUAUACACUGAAGUGAAGAGUUUGAGUUCUGCAGUAUCAGCGCUGACAUCCAAACUAAAUGAUACAGUUCGCAAUCAGGACCAGAAACAGACUGAAACAAAACAAUUAUUAGGCAAUUUGAGCUCAUCUGUUACAUCUCUACAGUCUGAUCUUCAAAAGAAGCAGCGUGACUUUGAGUCUCUGUCGAGCUCACUGAGGGACCUGAAGAGUUCAGUUUCAGAUCUCUCUUCUUCUGUUGCAUCUGUUUCUUCUCAACUAUCAUCAGUCAGCAUGAAGGAUGUGUCACAAACUGACAUAAAGAGUUUGAUGAAUAAUUUGAGUUCUGCAGUGUCAGCGCUGAUGGUGCAGCUGAAUGAUGCAGUUAACAAGCAGGACCAGAAACAGAGUCAAACAGAAAGAUCACUGGACAGUCUGAAGACAUCUGUAGAGUCUGAUCAACAAAACAAACAACGUGACUUUGAGUCUCUGUCGAGCUCACUGAGGGACCUGAAGAGUUCAGUUUCAGAUCUCUCUUCUUCUGUCUCAUCUGUUUCUUCUCAACUAUCAGUCAGCAUGCAACAGCAGGAUGUGGAAAACUUGAUGAACAGUUUGAAUUUUACAGUAUCAGAACUGACAUCUACACUAAAUAAUGCAGUUAAAAAGCAGGAACAGAAACAGACGGAAACAGAAAGAUCCCUGAACAGUUUGAAGUCUUCUGUACAAUCUGAUCAACAAAACAAACAGCGUGACUUGGAGUCACUGAAGAGCUCAUUGAGAGACCUGAAGAGUUCAUUGUCAGAUCUCACUUCUUCUUUCGCAUCGAUUUCCUCAAAACAACAAACCUCUGAGGAAAGAGUCAUGAACGCUCUGAAGGAGCUGAUGAAUAAAAUGAGCAACAAAACAGCAGAUGUCUCUGUGGCCGUCUGUAAAUCUGGCUGGAUCUUGUACAAAAGCAGCUGUUUCUUGUUCUCUAGUAAUCAACUCACCUGGUCAGAGGCACGAGAUUACUGCAAAGCGCAGGACGCAUUACUCCUGAAAAUACAAGACGACGAUGAGGAGUGGACCUUUCUGAACAAACAAACCAUGCCCACAGCCUUCUGGGUGGGUUUAACUGAUCAGACCACAGGCCAGUGGAGAUGGGCGGAUGAAACUCCUUACAUCAUGAAUAAAGAGCGCUGGAAUCCUGGGCAGCCGGAUGACUGGAGAGACCAUGGUUUGGGAGAGGGAGGAGAGGACUGUGGGGAGAUAACAUAUACUGGGAAACUAAAUGACAACCACUGCUCUGUCAAAAUGAGAUUUAUUUGCAGAGUGUAAUCCUGAACCUCAAAAGGUCUUUGAUGAAUUGCAGUCAAAAUGAGAAGGAAGAUCAGAUCUCCUCAGAUCUCUCUGUAACCUCUCUUGCCUUGUUCUUGUAUUUACUUAAUCUUAACAAUUCUUGUUUACUUAAUCUUUUAAUAAAAAAACAAAUAUUUCA